AUGAGUAACGAAUUGGCACUUGUAGAGAAGGUGGAGCUGCGAUUAGCAUUGGCAGACACAGACGAGAAAUUUGAAUCUGCUUUGAAUUUAUACCUGGCUCCUAUUCUCCUCAAGUUUUCGUCCUCUGAUGUUGCAGUUAAAACUCAAAUCAACAGAAUUGUAAAAUAUCUACUCACCAGAAUAAACACUUCACAGGUCAAGCUCCCUAUAAGGAAUCUUGUGAACCAAGCCAAGUCACCAAAAGUGGCAGCAGGUGUUGAUCCUACGGUGGUUCAGUCUUAUACAAUACUCUUCAUCUCUAAAGGAUUGCCUCGCCUCUCAGAAAAAGAGAGACUGGAAUUGAUACCGCUCAUAAUAAAUGGCAUUUCGGCGAUGAAAGAUGUGAUUGCCUCCAGGAUGUUCAAUGUUCUUUGCAAGAUACUCCUAGAUUGGCACGCAGACGACUCGCAAAAGGGUUCGUACCUCUCCAUUUGGAAUGUCAACGAAUCUGAUCAGAAUUUCCUCAUCAGCAAAUUUUCGGAAUUCAUGUUGAUGGGACCAGUGCUUCCCGAUGAGUCUCACAAUAUUCCUCAAAACCUCACGUUUCCUGGUCUUUCAAGCUCGUCUAUCUCUUUUUUCACCUAUCAGGCAGGCGCAACGUUCGAUUUAGGCACUUUGACGAACUACAAAAAGGCUAUAUUCAGGUUUUCCGAAACAGUGCUUUCCAAGUCUGCCACAAAAAUUGCAAUCAUUGCUUCAGCAGAUACCUCGACUUCACUUGCCAACGAUGCCAAUUCGUUCUUGAAGAGAAUUCAGGUCGAUUACGAGAAUAAAUCAUUAAUCGACCAAUUGAUAGAUUUAUUCAUAGGUGAUAGCGUUCGGCCUCCUGCCUCGUUGUAUUUGCAGGAGAAAAUCAUGAGUUUUUGCAGCCAGUCGCAUUUCGCAGCUUCUUCUCCCAAGGCUGCUCAAUUAUGCACGCUGGGACUGGAGUCUGAUUACCCCAGGUUAAAACAAUCGACGAUCAAAUUCAUCAAGUGGCUAUCAACUGCUAUGUUGAAAAAUGAAACUAGGCACGACGAAACUCUUUGCAAGACUAUUGGGCUUGAGCUAAGAAAUAAUCUCGCUAAAGAAGAUGCAACUAACAACACGACACAGCGCCGUUUUCAAUACGAGGCCUUGGCCGUCGUCCUACGAAGAAUCAACGAUCCGAAAGAUUGUACAUUUGUCGACUUCCUAUUUAAAAUGAUGGUGCGAGACUGUGCCGACCUUAGAUCCAGUAUUCAAGACGCAAUAUCCGCUUUGGCCCCUUCGUUGCCAAAGUUAUCAUCUGACGAGAAGCAGAAGCUCAUGGAGAUAUUGGCGUCCUAUAUUAAGGAGACGCCGACGUUCGAAACAAGGGACAACAUAUUGAGCUGUCGCUAUGCGGCAGUGAAGCUAGUGAACGUUUGUUUCCCAUUCAGUGAUACAAAGGCCAGAAUAUUGAACGUUCUCGCGCAGACCCAAUUUGAUAAACCCGAAACUUUAGAGGAGGCAUCAAAAGGACUGCACCCUUAUUACUUUUCUUUGAUACAAAAUAUCAAGUCUUCUGAAUCGCUAACCGUGGAAUUCCCUAGCUUUGAAUCCAUAGUUCAAGAAGCUCAGCACAUUGACCAUGCUAACAUUGGUAAGCUAAUGACUUUUGCCUGGAGGUGUCUCGUGAUGCAAGCCAUCAAAGGAUAUGUCACAGUUAUUGUUCCUGAUCAGCAGUGGGAAACUCGACUCGAAAACGCAUUAGAGUACGAUGAAAAGGUGAAAAGCCUGCUCUUCAAAGAGUUGGAGCGUCUGGAGGAUCCGUCCUUACGAGGAGAUCCGUCUCUUCUCUCUGCAUUUUUGAAAAUGCAGCUCGACGUUUUUGUCGCUGAGUCAAGUUUGGAAGCAGGCCGACAAUUGUAUCAAAUCCUUGUAUCGAGUCCUCGGCAAGCAGUUUCCAGUACGGUCUCUUCAAUCCCUCAGCUCAAAGCCAUGCUCACUGAGUCCGUUUCAGAUGAGGUAAAAUUAUACGUUUCGAAGUGUUUGGCUAUCAUUGCUUCUCAGGAUACUUUAGAGGAGCAGAAUCUGAAGUCUCAUCUGACUAGCUUAUUUAAUGAUGAUCAGAUCAUGGCAACUUCAUUUUUGAUUUCUCAGUUGGUUUUACAUGGAAAACAAAGAGUUGUUACAACCGAAUUGUUUGACGAAGUUCUAGUUAAAAUAGAGAUUUCCAUCAAAUCCUCGUCUUCCAAGCUUCAAAGAGAGGGUCUCGAAAGCUUGUCACAGUUGGCUUUGUUUGGAUGUCUGGGACCGAUCUUGACUCUGUCUUCAAAAGUGAAUUCAUACAACAGUAAGUUUGUUGAAUUGUUGCUGCCCCUGGUGAAAAAGCUUAAUGAGAAAGCUGCUAUCGCCAUUUCUUGUCUGAGCCUUUCACUUCCACGGUCAGAUACAGAAAACCUGUCUCUGAUUGAGUCUGCACUGUAUGGGACUCAUAAUUCAAAACAGACAGAUUUUUACUUCACAGCGGGAGAAGCCUUUAGCAUCCUUGCUGCGGGUGUUCGCUCCAAAGUGGUGAUGAAUAAACUGGACAUCAGAGAUGAAUCACUGAGUCCUCCGUUAGAGCAUGAUGUCUCUAGGUUACCUAGCAUACUGGACACUGUUAUUGAGGCUUGCGCAAACACGAAGCCUGCUCUGAGAAAAGCAGGAUGUAUUUGGCUAUUGUCACUUGUUCAGCAUUGUGGACACCUUGAACACCUUCAAAAUAAUUUAAGUUUACUCCAACGCUCGUUCCUGCGGUUUCUGGCAGAUAAGGACGAAAUCAUUCAGGAGUCAGCAUCAAGAGGUCUGAGUUUAGUUUAUGAAAUGGGGGAUUCAGAGCUGAAAGAUACACUGACGCAUGAUUUGCUUGGCUCGUUCACGGACUCCCGAAAAUCGACCACCAGUGGAUAUCUUCACGAAGAUACUGAACUGUUUGAUCCCGGUGUUAUGAACACAGGUGACAGUUCUGUGUCCACCUACAAAGACGUUUUGAGUCUUGCCUCUGAAGUCGGAGAUCCCGGCUUGGUCUAUAAAUUCAUGUCCAUUGCAAAAAGUUCUGCUUUGUGGUCGUCCAGAAAAGGUAUUGCUUUUGGCCUAGGUGCAAUCUUGGACAAAUCCAAGUUGGAGGCUUUAAUUGCCAAUGACCAAAAGCUGUCUUCCAGACUGAUUCCGAAGCUUUUUAGAUAUAGGUUUGAUCCAAGUCCUUCAGUUGCCAAAAUUAUGAAUGAUAUAUGGAACUCUCUGCUACCAAACUCGAAAGUGAUAACGGACAACUUCAAGACCAUUUUGGACGAUCUGCUUACAAAUAUGGGAACCCGAGAAUGGAGAGUGAGGCAGGCGUCGACAGCAGCGAUUCAAGAUUUACUCCGCCAUGUAUCCUUUGAAGAAUACGAGGCUCAUUUGGGAAAAAUCUGGACUAUGGCUUUCAGAGUUAUGGACGAUAUCAAAGAAAGUGUGCGGGCGGAGGGAAAUUCGCUGACCCGGUACCUCGCAACAACCAUGGUCAACAAGAUCUCAAGUGUUGAUCAGCAGACCUCCAAUGAGUCAAAGAUAUUAUCCCAGCUAGUGCCUUUCCUUCUAGGGUCAAACGGUCUGUUGAAUGAUUCCGAUGACGUGAAGAAUUUCGCUUUGCAAAUCAUUAUAAAGCUCGCCAAAUCAUCGUCACUCUUGCUGAAGCCUUACAUCUGCGACAUGAUUGAGCAAUUGACCAUGAUGAUGUCGUCUAUCGAACCUCAAGUCGUCAAUUAUCUUGCAUUGAAUGCGGAAAAGUAUAAUAUGAAAUCAGACGACAUUGACUCUCAAAGACUUGCCGCACUUGGUAGCUCUCCUCUUAUGGAAGCAAUUGAACAAUUGAUGAACCUUCUGGAUGAGGAGCUGAUGACAGAUUUUAUCAUUCAUCUUUCAGAUGCGGUAAAAAAGUCCGUUGGAUUACCGUCCAAAGUGACAGGGUCGAAAAUCAUCAUCACUCUCAUUACAAGGCAUUACAUUAUUUCACAGAGACAUGGGGAUGAUCUUCUCAAAAUUUGCAUGAGUCAACUCAAAGACAGAAAUGAAACUGUGUCAAAGUCUUACGCUAUAUCUGCUGGAUAUUGUGUCCGUAUAGCCUCACUGAAAAAAAUAGAUAGUCUGGCGAAGAAGUUGAAGGCAUACUAUUUUGAAGCUGGUGACAAUGAAAAACUCAAACUGCUGUCCGCCAGCGCUUCAGAAUCAAUCUCUAAAUACUCUGGUGAUAAGUUUCAGUCAAUCGCUGUCAGCUAUCUUCCCCUGAUUUUUGUUGGAAAGCAUGAUCCUGUCAAAGAGGUCUCUGAUUUAUUCACUAAAGCAUGGGAAGAGUCAUCCUCUGGAGGGAGCGGGCCAAUCAAGCUCUAUCUCAAAGAAAUAAUUGAGCUCAUCAUGUCCAACAUAGACUCUACCGAUCUACAGAUUCGACAGAGUAUUGCAUUGUCGAUCAUUGAGAUAGUGGACAAAUUGGGGCAGGAGAUCAGCUCUCUGAGUAACUACCUGGGUCAGCUCUAUGAAAUCCUCAUUGUUUCUCUUAGGGGCAGAUCUUACAAAGGUAAGGAGAAUCUAUUAAGUUCACUGGUUCUCUUGUCUACUAAGACCCCAAAUUUUCUCCAUGAGACAGAUAAUUCAAAGAUUUAUGACCAGGUCAAGCGUUAUAUCUUAAUUGAAGCCAGACGAAAAAACAAGGAAUACGCAAUUCACAGCGUACAAUCGCUUGGUAUUUUCUUGGGCACUUUCCCUGACGAGGAAAUGUAUGAGGAAUAUUUGGAUCUGAUUGACUCCUUCAUUCAACCAAAACCAAAGAAUGAGUCGGACAUGGAUACAGAUUCGGAAGACGACGAUAGGAAUUCAAAUAAGAAAGCUAAGGACGCUCGAUUGGAAGAAACGAAGAUUAAGCUACUUGAAAACCAAUUGAGCGCAUUGAACCCUGCGGAGCCCAAUCGAAACCUCUGCGAACACAUCAUGAAAAACCUAGUCGAGUAUUUUGACGACGAUCGCUUCCAACUAACCUAUAAAACCCAGUUGGCUAUAAUUGAAGGUUUCGCCAAACUUUUGGAAUCUUUUGAUCUUCUGGACAAUGAUUUGAAAAAGCGAAUGUUUGAUAUUUGGACCACUAUUUCGACCAAUUGUGCCAACAGAGAAAACCUUCAAAAUGUUCUGAUUGCAUUCAUAAGGGCUACCAGCGACUUUGCGAGAAUUUGUCCCGCCGUUUCUGAGAGCUGUAACAAGAAACUUGAAGAAGUGGCUUCUUUAGAAGUUAACUCCGUGGUCAACAUGGAGGUUAGCAAGGCAUUGAAUAGAUGA